GUAAGGUCUUAACGAAUUUCAAUGUUUAACUGUGUGUUUCUGGUUUAAGAAAAUAUAAACUAAGAUAAGUUGCUGUGCGUGCAACAGCCGCAGCAGCACGAGAAGGAACAACGACGACGCACACGCCACAACAAAAAGCGCAGUGCGGCGUCUCUGUCUGCAAUUUUCGCAACGCGUCUACAAGGAGCGAAAUUUUCUUGUAACUUUGCAACAAAUUAAUAAGCACAAUCACAGAAGCUACAACAACAACAACAGCUGCAUGAUGGAGAACGGCAAGGGCGGCGGUGGCUUGUCCAUCGAACAAAUGUAUCAGAAAAAGUCGCAACUCGAGCACAUCUUGCUGCGACCCGAUUCCUACAUUGGUUCCGUGGAAUACACUAAGGAGCUGAUGUGGAUUUAUGAUUUUGAAAAGAGUCGCAUGCUCCAAAAAGAGAUUUCAUUCGUGCCGGGACUUUACAAAAUUUUUGAUGAGAUAUUGGUAAAUGCGGCUGAUAAUAAGCAACGCGAUAAAUCCAUGAACACCAUUAAGAUCGACAUCGAUGCGGAAAAGAACACAAUAUCUAUUUGGAACAAUGGUCAGGGUAUACCGGUUACCAUGCACAAGGAACAGAAAAUGUAUGUGCCCACCAUGAUUUUCGGCCAUCUGUUGACCUCAUCCAACUACAAUGAUGAUGAGAAGAAGGUGACUGGCGGCCGCAAUGGCUACGGCGCCAAAUUGUGCAACAUAUUCUCAACCAAGUUCACUGUGGAGACGGCAACUAAGCAAUAUAAACGCAGUUUCAAGCAAACUUGGGCCGGUAACAUGUCUAAGACCAGCGAUCCUACGAUUAAAGAUUUUGGUGGCUCGGAUUUUACACGCAUUACAUUCAGUCCUGAUCUGGAGAAAUUCAAAAUGGAAAAACUUGAUGAUGACAUUGUGGCUCUAAUGUCGCGUCGCGCCUACGAUAUAGCUGCCUCAAGCAAAGGCGUGGCUGUAUACUUGAAUGGCAACAAGUUGACUAUAAAGAAUUUCAAGGACUACAUUGAUUUGUAUGUUAAGAACAAGGAUGAUGAAGCUGGUCAACCGAUCAAGAUUGUCUAUGAAUCCUGCAAUGAGCGCUGGGAGGUUGCCUGUUGCCCAUCGGAUCGUGGAUUUCAGCAAGUUUCCUUUGUCAAUUCCAUUGCCACCACUAAAGGUGGACGACACGUCGAUCAUGUUGUUGACAAUGUGAUUAAGCAAUUAAUUGAGGUGCUUAAAAAGAAAAACAAAGGUGGCAUCAACAUUAAGCCGUUCCAGGUGCGCAAUCAUCUGUGGAUCUUUAUCAAUUGCUUGAUCGAAAAUCCCACCUUCGACUCGCAAACUAAGGAAAACAUGACGCUGCAGGCCAAGAGUUUCGGUUCCAAGUGCCCACUAUCUGAUAAAUUCAUAGCCGGCGUUUCCAAGUCCGGAAUUGUUGAAUCCGUACUGGCUUGGGCGAAAUUCAAGGCACAAAACGAUAUCGCCAAGACGGGUGGCAAAAAGUCGAGUAAAAUUAAGGGCAUACCCAAGCUGGAGGAUGCGAACGAGGCGGGCAGCAAAAACUCAAUUAUGUGCACCCUAAUCCUCACCGAGGGAGACUCAGCCAAAUCAUUGGCUGUCUCCGGUCUUGGUGUGAUUGGUCGCAACUAUUAUGGCGUAUUUCCGCUUCGCGGUAAACUGUUAAAUGUGCGAGAGGCCACCUUUAAGCAGUUGACAGAGAAUGCCGAAAUCAAUAAUCUGUGCAAAAUUAUUGGUCUGCAGUAUAAGAAGAAAUACCUGACCAUGGAUGAUUUGAAAACACUUCGAUAUGGCAAGGUCAUGAUCAUGACAGAUCAGGAUCAGGACGGUUCGCACAUCAAGGGUCUGCUGAUCAAUUUUAUACACACCAAUUGGCCGGAACUCUUGCGUCUACCGUUCCUCGAAGAGUUUAUCACACCCAUUGUGAAAGCAACGAAAAAAAAUGAGGAGAUUUCCUUCUAUUCACUGCCCGAGUUCGAGGAGUGGAAGACAGACACACCCAACCAUCAUACGUACAAUAUAAAGUACUACAAAGGUUUGGGUACUUCAACUUCCAAGGAGGCUAAGGAGUACUUCCAGGAUAUGGACCGUCAUCGCAUUACAUUCAAGUACGAUGGUCAGGUUGAUGACGACAACAUAGUUAUGGCCUUUGCGAAGAAGCACGUCGAUUCGCGUAAGACAUGGCUAACCAAUCAUAUGGAUGAGGUGAAGCGGCGCAAGCAAUUGGGACUUCCCGAACGCUAUCUCUACACCAAGGGCACAAAAUCUGUCACUUAUUCGGACUUCAUUAAUCUCGAGUUGGUGCUGUUCUCGAAUGCGGACAAUGAACGUUCCAUACCAAAUCUGGUGGAUGGUCUAAAGCCCGGCCAGCGCAAGGUCAUGUUCACCUGCUUCAAGCGUAACGACAAGCGUGAAGUAAAAGUGGCUCAGCUGUCGGGUUCGGUUGCGGAAAUGUCGGCCUACCAUCACGGUGAGGUCUCUCUCCAAAUGACGAUUGUAAACUUGGCCCAAAAUUUCGUGGGCUCCAACAAUAUCAAUCUUCUGGAGCCGCGCGGUCAGUUUGGUACGCGCCUUGCUGGCGGUAAAGAUUGCGCAAGUGCUCGUUACAUUUUCACCCUGAUGUCGCCGCUAACGCGACUCAUUUAUAAUCCACUGGAUGACCCCUUGCUCCAGUACCAAGUGGAUGAUGGACAGAGGAUUGAGCCAUUGUGGUAUAUACCAACUAUACCCAUGGUGCUGGUGAAUGGCGCCGAGGGCAUUGGCACAGGCUGGUCCACAAAAAUAGCCAACUACAAUCCGCGUGACAUAAUCAGAAACUUGAAGCGCAUUCUAAAUGGUGAGGAGCCUCUACCAAUGCAUCCAUGGUACAAGAACUUCCGUGGCAAAAUGGAAUAUGUGUCCGAUGGACGUUAUGUGCACUCCGGUAACAUUCAGCUGCUCUCAGGCGAUCGUAUUGAGAUCACUGAGUUGCCCAUUGGUACCUGGACGCAAAAUUACAAGGAAAAUGUUCUCGAACCCCUGUCUAGCGGCACCGAGAAGGUCAAGGCUAUUGUAUCCGAAUAUCGUGAGUUCCACACGGACACAACAGUUCGCUUUGUUGUCAGCUUUGCGCCCGGUGAGUUCCAGCGUUUGCGGGCCGAGGACGGCGGUUUCUAUCGCGUCUUCAAGCUUUCCUCUUCGAUCUCCACGAAUCAGAUGCACGCAUUCGAUGAGAACAAUUGCCUGCGUCGAUACGCCACACCAACGGACAUACUAAAUGAGUUCUAUAAUCUACGUUUGGAAUACUACGGAAGGCGCAAGGAUUAUCUGGUGGGCCAGUUGACGGCACAAGCGGAUCGCUUGACCGAUCAGGCGCGCUUCAUUUUGGAGAAAUGCGAGAAGAAGCUGGUGGUAGAGAACAAGCAGCGUAAGGUAAUGAUCGAUGAGCUAAUAAAGCGUGGAUAUCGGCCAGAUCCGGUCAAGGAAUGGCAGCGUCGCAUUAAAAUGGAAGACGCCGAACCGGCCGACGACGAAGAAGAAGAGGAGGAAGCACAAGGUGCUUCCAGCGGUGCAGGUAAAAAGCCGAAAAAGGAGGUGGAUCCUGAAAAGGCCUUCCAGAAAUUGUCGGAUGUAAAGAAGUUCGACUAUCUGCUCGGCAUGUCUAUGUGGAUGUUGACGGAGGAGCGCAAAAACGAGCUGCUAAAGCAGCGCGACCAGAAGCUGACCGAACUGGAGAACCUCAAGAGCAAGUCUAUACAGAUGCUAUGGCUCGACGAUUUGGAUGAUCUCGAAAAGAAACUUGAUGAAGUCGAGGAAAAGGAACGCGCCGACGAGAUGGGCAUUAACAUUAAACAAGCCAAGGCCAUGAAGGGACAAAAACCAGUGCCUGGCAAGCGGGCCAAGAACAAGGGCAGCUCUGGUAACGAUGACAUCUUCCCCGAUCCCCUGGGCGAGAAGGUCGAGUUCAAGGUGACCGACGAAAUCAUUAAGAAAUUCCAAGCCGCCAAUGCUGCCACGGCCAGGGCUAAGCAACCCAAGGCCGUCAAGAUCAAGACUGAAAAGCAGGAAGGCGAAGAAGUCGAUGAGUUCGAUGCGCUUGUUGAAAGCGGCUCGAAAACCUCUCCCAAGGUUAAAAAGGAACCGGCCGCCAAGGGCGUCAAGAAGGAACCAGGCGAGAAGAAACCGCGCCAAAAGAAGGAGAAGAACGGCGAUGGCCUCAAGCAGGGCAAGCUUGAUUUUAGCAAAUCAAAGAAGAAGAAGGGCGACGACAGUGAUCUGGACUCCGAUGAGAUGGAAGUGGAGGUUACAGAACCGCGUGCCGACCGUCCGGGUCGUCGGGCCGCCAGCAAGAAAAUAAAUUACUCAUUCUUGCUUUCGGAUGAAGAGGAGGAGAAGCAGGAGGGAGGGGAUGAAGCUAAUGCAUCCGGCAGCAGUAAGAAUGAUGAAGACGUGGAGGAAAUAGAUGAAACGCCUAUUAAGCGCCCAGUAAAGCGGGCCCGCGACGAUGAUAGCAGCGGCGGUGCCAAAGCGAAAAAGGCACCCGCCAAAAAGACUCGCAUUAUCGACAGCGAUAGCGACGCUUCUGUGGUGUUGGAUGAUGAGGAUGAUGAUUCCGAUUUCGAGGGAUAAAUUCAUGGAUAGAAAUGUUUUAUAUAGCGCGUGAUUUUAAUUUCUUCUUUUUCGAUUUCCUUUAUUUUGUGUUUUGUAAUUUAUGUUUUUACUUUUACGCGUCAUUAGCAACAGUUGAAAUUUUAAUUUUCUAUAUAAAACGGUAAAUUUUUAUAAAAAUAUUUACCCUUUUUAACAAAAAACAAACUUGUAUUACUUCAAAUGAAAAAGUAUUCAAAAUCCCUGCAAUCGACGUAGUUUAAGAAAUACCAUUUACAUAUAUUUAAAAACAUAAUAUCUAAAUAGGAGAUUUCGAAUGUUGCAAUCCUUUUUUCGCACAUAAAACAUCCAAAGUAUA